CCCAUCUCCGCUUCCGCGUCCGGCGGGGGGACCUCUUCCUGAUUUCCAACGCACGCAGCUUCGACUCACCGAACAAAAAGGGGCACACACCACCUUGGUUUGUCCAUAGCCGUCUCCUAUGUCUGCUCCUUCUUCUUCUUCAUCCUCUGCACAAACACAAGCUACCAGUCACACUAUGCCGUCCAUCGUAGACAACACUUCAGCCGCUCACAACCUGCCCAAGCGGGUAGAGGGUACCACGAAGACGUACCUCUUCGGUGAUCCCAUUGCUACGUCGCUGUCCAUUGCUUAUCACAAUGCUUGCUACAAGGCCCGAGGCGCAUCGUCGUUUCACGAGCGCUUCGAAUCGGUUGACACGGACGCCUUUAUGGGAUUAGUUCACAGGGGUGAUUGCGGUGGUUCCGCGGUGACCAUGCCACACAAGGUCACCAUCAUGUCCCGACCUGAGAUCAAGAGCAUUGAGAAGAACGCUGAGAUCAUUGGGGCCUCGAAUACUCUUUACUGGAGGACAGGUGACAAUGGGGAGAAGAGCCUCAUCGCCACAAACACGGAUGUAGACGGCAUCCGCGACUCGAUUCGAACGGCUGUUACACCCUCCGAGCUGUCCGCUUUCGAAGCUCUGCCAGACUCCGAACGUAUCGGUAUGGUCGUGGGGGGAGGAGGGACCACCAGGACGGCCGUGGUGACCCUACGCAUGGAGCUCAACUGCACAGGUCCGAUCUACAUCAUCAAUCGCUUCGACCACGAAGUGGAAGCCAUCAUUCAAGACUUUGCCUCCAAGGGUCUCCACGAUAUUCAUCACCUCAAGAGUCCAGAAGAUGUGCAAAGGCUGCUAGCAUCACAGGGCAAGCGACCUUCUUACAUUGUCAAUGCCAUCCCGUCCUUUGAGCCAACCACCGACGAGGAGAAGCUAGCCCGCAAGACUCUCACAGCUGUGCUGAGCUUGCGCAACCCUACUGCCUCAUCCGACCACCCCAACUCCCCUUGCGUGCGAGCUGAUCUUCCAUCGGCGUUCUUGGAGAUGUGCUACUUCCUUCACCUCUGGACAGACGCUUGUACUCUGGCGCAGAAUGAAGGGUGGAAGAUUGUCACUGGCGAAAAGUGCAUGUAUCUACAAGCCCUGGCGCAGCAAGUUCUGUGGCAGGGAGCUACCCCCGCGGGAGUGGAUCUGACAGAGGCGGGGCGCAAGGGUGCUGAAUUUGAGCAAGAGAGGAGGAGAAGAGGAGAGGAGCCUCUGUGA